CCAAAGUACAUUGUCUAGACGAAGUGGUCAAGACGGUCUAUAUAAACGUAGAAGCUUAAUUAUUACCAGUACUACGCUUUCAAUAUGUUGUACGCGUUCUUUGCCUUGGUAAUUGCUUGCUUAGCAGUAGCCGCUCAUGGCUACCCGAACACUCAAAUCGUUGGUGGACACCCUGCUCCUGAUGGCAAAUACCCAUAUCAAGUAUCCCUGAGAAAAUACGGAUCUCACACUUGCGGCGGAUCCAUCAUCAAUGAGAAUACUAUUCUCACUGCUGCUCAUUGUAUAAUAGACUAUGACUUAAAUUCCAACGCCCUGCAAGGAUUAACUGUUCAUGCCGGCACAAAUCUGUUAAGUGAGACUGGUGCAGUCUACAAAGUAAAACAAGCCAUUAGUCACAGUGGUUAUAAUGCUUUUAAAUUAGUCAAUGACAUCGGCAUACUUAUUCUGAAAAAUCCUAUCAAAUUCAGCGAACGUAUACAACCCAUACCGCUUGCAACUACCGACAUUGCUCCUACCGGGUCUCCCUGCACCUUAACUGGAUGGGGAAGGACUUCGCUGAGGGGUGUGAUUCCUAAUAAGUUACAAGAAAUUGAGUUGAAGAUUCAUGACCAAGCUAAAUGCAAACAAGACAACUGGAGAAUACAGUCUAGUCACAUUUGUACAUUCACGAAAGCAGGCCAAGGCGCGUGCCACGGGGAUUCUGGUGGUCCUCUUGUUGCUAAUGGUGUGCAGAUCGGUAUUGUCUCUUUUGGUCGACCAUGCGCUAAAGGAGAUCCCGACGUAUUCACUAGAGUGUCUUCUUUCAAGUCUUGGCUCCAGACACAUAGUGUUAAAUUAUAAGAUAAAAAGAGAUAUAUUUUAUACAUACACAUAUUACUAUUAAAAUAAAUACAUUAAUAUAU